CUUUUCGCUGUGGGCGAACGCGAGCAGAGGAGGACGAUGCCGGCCAAAGGUCCCCUUCAGUCAGUGCAGGUCUUCGGGCGUAAGAAAACAGCAACUGCUGUUGCCCACUGUAAAAGAGGGAAUGGCCUUAUCAAAGUGAAUGGAAGGCCUCUGGACCAGAUUGAGCCACGAACUCUGCAGUACAAACUGUUGGAGCCAGUUCUUCUGUUGGGCAAGGAACGAUUUGCUGGUGUUGACAUCAGAGUUCGUGUGAAGGGUGGUGGUCAUGUGGCUCAAAUUUAUGCCAUCCGUCAAUCCAUCUCCAAAGCAUUGGUUGCCUAUUACCAGAAAUAUGUGGAUGAAGCUUCCAAGAAGGAGAUCAAGGACAUUCUCAUUCAGUAUGACAGGACCCUGUUGGUUGCUGAUCCUCGUCGUUGUGAAGCAAAGAAAUUUGGUGGACCUGGUGCCCGUGCCCGUUACCAGAAGUCUUACCGUUAAAUGUUAUUUUUUUGUGGCAAAUAAAUUUGUGACUGUC